UAUUCGGUGAAAAGGCGUCGUCGACGGGAGAAUAACAUUGCGAAAAUAAACUGAUUUCCCCGGUUUUCGUCACUCAAAUUUUUCCAGAAAGUGGCUAAAGAUUAGCAGGAGAGCCAGUGCAUCCGCCUGGAGCUGUGUGAGAUGAGUGAAGUUGGUAAUCCCAGUGACAAUUUCGUUUAGAAAGUGUCCGCCAAACAAAGCUUCUGCCGUGCAUAUACAGAAACGCAGCCAUGGCUGCCCGGUUGAGGGUGGGAGUAGGUGGCGUUGGGGGUGUGGGCUUGGGGCCAGCUUUGGGGAUGAGGAAAAUACCGAGUUUGUUGGUUUUUGUGGUUUCCUUGGGGCUGUGCGUGUUCUUAUUUAACAGUGGAGUGCACGGCAACUCGCUGAACGCCAUCGAGGAGCCAGCGCGGCGCCACCACCAGCACCAGCGUCAUCACGAGCACGACAGGGAACGGGCUGAGGACAAUGGCUACUGUGCUCCCUACAAUGGCAAGGUGUGCAAGCAGUACAUUGUCGGCCAGGUGUGGUACAGCCUGGACGACCCAACGGGUGGCUGGAAGAAUGAGCAGACCACAACGGCGCUGUGGGACGAGCUGAUUAGCGACCUCACCGGUCUGUGCCGCGAGGCGGCUGAGAAAAUGCUGUGCGCCUAUGCGUUUCCCAACUGUCAUGUGGAGGACGGACAAGCUGUGAGGGCUCCGCUCUGCUUCGAGGACUGCCAGGCCACCCAUCUGCAGUUCUGCUACAACGAUUGGGUGCUCAUCGAGGAGAAGAAGGAGCGCAAUAUGUUCAUCAAGAGUCGGGGCUCCUUCCGGCUGCCCAACUGCUCUGCUCUGCCGCACUACGACACCUCCAUGCGGCGGCCGAACUGUUCGUACAUAGGCCUCACGGAGAUCAAGGAGUCGGAAGCUAGCUACGAUUGCCGAAAUGGCAACGGCCGAUUUUAUCUAGGAACUAUGAACGUGACCAAAUCGGGAAUUCCCUGCCAGCGCUGGGACACACAGCAUCCACACAAGCACAUCCAGCCACCCCUGGUGUUUCCACAGCUUCUGGAGGGCGAGAACUACUGCCGGAAUGCUGGUGGAGAGGAGGAGCAGCCCUGGUGUUACACGGUGGACGAAUCUGUGCGCUGGCAGCACUGCGACCUUCCCAUAUGCCCCGACUAUGUGGAUCCCAAUGCCAACGACAUGAACACGCCCAUCAAGAUGGAGAAGUUCUUCACCCCCUCAAUGAUUUUCCUGCUGGCGGGGAUCGGUUUCAUUGGGAUCGUGGCCCUCCAUCUGAUGAUAUUGCUGAUAUAUAAGCUGUCCAAGCAUAAGGACUACUCCCAGCCGCCGGGAGGAACUGGACCAGGAUCUGGCACUGGCGGGGGUGAUUGCAAUGCCUCGAUGAGGGCCGGUGAGUGCGGAGGCAACUUGGCGACCAGUCGAGAGACACUAGGAGGAGCAAAUACCAACACACUGGCCAAGUGGGGCACCAUCCGCAGCACGGCCACCAUCCACAGCAACUGUGUCACCCUCACCACGGUGGCCAUUCAGGAUACCAAGGGCCAACAGAAUGCUCGUCUGGAGAAGCUGGAGUAUCCACGCGGCGAUAUUGUGUAUGUGCGCUCCCUGGGACAGGGCGCCUUCGGUCGGGUGUUCCAGGCCAAGGCCCCGGGUCUGGUGCCCGGCCAGGACGAUCUCCUGGUGGCCGUCAAGAUGCUCAAGGACGAUGCCAGCGAUCAGAUGCAAAUGGAUUUCGAGCGGGAAGCCUGCCUGCUGGCCGAAUUUGAGCAUCCAAACAUCGUGAAGCUGCUGGGUGUGUGCGCCCUGGGCCGGCCUAUGUGCCUGCUCUUCGAGUACAUGGCACCAGGAGAUCUCAGCGAGUUCCUGCGCGCCUGCUCACCCUUUGCCACCCACCAGGCCCAGCCCCGUGACCGGCUGCAGCUGAACGAGAAGCACCUGCUGCAAAUGGCCGCCGAUAUUGCAUCGGGAAUGCUCUACCUGGCGGAGCGGAAGUUCGUACACCGCGACCUGGCCACUCGCAACUGCCUGAUCAACGAGCACAUGACGGUGAAGAUAGCCGACUUCGGACUAUCGCACAAGAUCUAUCUGCAGGACUACUACAAGGGCGACGAGAACGACUUUAUACCUAUCCGCUGGAUGCCACUGGAGAGCAUUCUGUACAACAAAUUCUCGCUGGAGUCGGAUGUGUGGGCCUACGGCAUCGUGCUCUGGGAGAUCUUCUCCUUCGCCCUGCAGCCGUACUUUGGGCUCACCCACGAGGAGGUCAUCAAGUACAUCAAGGAGGGCAAUGUUCUCGGCUGUCCGGACAACACGCCACUUUCCGUCUACGCCCUGAUGCGUCGCUGCUGGAACCGCAAGUCCAGCGAGCGACCAGGCUUUGCAGAGAUCAACCACUGCAUCCAGCACAGCAUAGCAGAGAACGAGUGCAAAGCCAUGCUCUAGAGCAUGUGAAGGGAUCUGGAUGUAGAUCAAUCGAAUCCGAACAAAUGCAAUAACUCCGUCGCGUUUCACACGUUUGCAAUGAAUCCGUAAUCCAUAAAUCGUAAUCAGAAUGCUCGUCCGUAGUCUUCCGGGGCAGGCAAUACAACGAUUAUAUACAAGAAACACCCUUUUAUACACAUAUACCACUGAUAUAUAUAGUUGAUAUACUGAUAUCCCAGACCAGAGGGGCAGGCAGAUUGUGCUUCAGUUAAGUUAAACAGUUGUGAACCCUGCAAGGUUCCAUUCCAUAUCUCUAAGGAAUUGAUGUCUCUAAUUUGGAUGCUUCCACGCGCAGCCUUCCGUAAUCUUGGUACUAUUUUGUUAUAUUCAUCAAAAGGCUCCCCUCUGACUGGGGUCUAGUCUCUACUCGACUUAAUUUGCCACAACGAACGCAUCAUGCAUGUCAGCCACUCGGAUGGUAGCCGUACUCAUAUCCGUAGUCCUAAGUUUUCCAUAUAACCAUAUGUAUGUAGAUUGCAUUUUAAUGAGUUUUUACUAGGAUUAAGCAGGCCACUACUGGCAUGGUGAGCCAGAGUCCAAGCACUCCACACAAAAACUCAACUCAGUAUGUAUACAAAGUGCUGAAUUGUGCAACAGGAACCACACACACACCGAAGACCAUCAAAACAAUAACGAAUAUGAAAUAUUUAGAGAACUGUCUACAGCCUAACUUUCUUGAGACAUUUACAUAAUCAGAAUUUGUAACUAAAAUGUUGAAUGUAAUUUGUAUAAAUAAACCCCACUCAUAAUCGUA